GUGGGGCGGGCCAGGAGCAAGGAGAGGCCUUCCUCCCUUUGUGCUCCCCCCCACCCCCCCAGCCCUAUAAAUAGGCCCAGCCCAGGCUGUGGUUCAGUCUUGGAGGGAGUUGAGCACCAAGCAGUGAGUUUUCUCCACCAGAGUCCCUGCCAGCAUGGCCAGCGAGUUCAAGAAGAAGAUCUUCUGGAGGGCCGUGGUGGCCGAGUUCCUGGCUAUGACCCUCUUCGUCUUCAUCAGCAUCGGUUCUGCCCUGGGCUACAAUUACCCACUUGGCAAGAACCAGACGGCCGUCCAGGAUAACGUGAAGGUAUCGCUGGCCUUCGGGCUGAGCAUUGCCACACUGGCCCAGAGUGUGGGCCACAUCAGUGGUGCCCACCUCAACCCAGCAGUCACCCUGGGAUUGCUGCUCAGCUGUCAGAUCAGCAUCCUUCGGGCGGUCAUGUACAUCGUGGCCCAGUGCGUGGGGGCCAUCGUCGGCACCGCCAUCCUUUUGGGCAUCACCUCUUCCCUGACUGAGAACUCGCUCGGCCGCAAUGAACUGGCCUCUGGGGUGAACUCUGGCCAGGGCCUGGGCAUCGAGAUCAUUGGCACCCUGCAACUGGUGCUCUGCGUGCUGGCUACCACUGACCGCAGGCGCCGUGACCUUGGGGGCUCGGCUCCCCUGGCCAUCGGUUUCUCUGUGGCCCUGGGACACCUGCUAGCGAUCGACUACACUGGCUGUGGCAUCAACCCCGCUCGAUCCUUUGGCUCUGCAGUACUCACCCACAACUUCACCAACCACUGGAUUUUCUGGGUGGGACCAUUCAUCGGUGGUGCCCUGGCAGUGCUGAUUUACGACUUCAUCCUGGCUCCACGUAGCAGCGACCUCACGGACCGCAUGAAGGUGUGGACCAGUGGCCAGGUGGAGGAGUACGACCUUGAUGCUGACGACAUCAACUCCCGGGUGGAGAUGAAGCCCAAAUAGAGAAAGCCUGGCCUGGGCAUCAGUAGGG